CUGCAUUUUUCAUUUUAUGGCUUUUUUUUAACUCCCACAGCCAGGUGGUAUAAAUACCUUUCAUUCGUAGCACAUUCUAGCUAUUAAAUUUGAAGCUUUCAUUUUCCACGUAAUUUGUAGCUUAAUUUUUCCAGUAAAAAAAAAAAAUCUAAAGAAAAACCAGUGUUUGAGGAUCAGCUCAUAACUUGGCAGCAGGAGAGGCUGAGGAAGAGGCCACAGUAAUGACUUGAAAUUCCAAAAUAUUCGAAUAGCCAUUUGCUUUAAAAAAAGGAAAACAGAAAAACCCAUGUUGCCCACCUGCUAACUACGGUGCAGAUAGUAAAGUACUUCGAACCAUGAGAUAGAAGGUGGCCGGGUGGGUAUUAAGCCCCACUGAAUUUGGGGUGCCGGCUAGGGAAAGUCUCUGAUGCAAACUUCCCGGAGCCCACGCACGCGCUGUUUCCGUAGCUCCCAGAAUCAUCUUCUCCCCCUCUGCCCGGGGUUGUGGCCUCAGCCUGGCCCCUCAAGAGAUGGGAUCUCUGCCUAAAAGUUAUCAAGAAACGGAGCCUGCAGACAGCUGAAAAAUGCCCCCCGCGUUUCCUGCACACUGACAGCCAGACCGAACACUCUUUCCAUUUGCAGUUUUUUUAGUGUCAUUUUAAGUUGCAGCUUCCAGCCAAUCAGCAAGCUCCAUGCCUGCUGACAUCACGAAGCAGCCAGUUCCCUCCAGCUGCAGAGCUUCAGUUUGUCUUUUUUUUUUAGCUAAAAUGGAGGCUGGUUUCUUGCCUUAAGGAGUACAUUGCCUUUCCCGCUGAAGUCUAGAUGUUGACAUGUAAUAAAGCGGGCAGCAGGAUGGUGGUGGAUGCGGCCAACUCCAAUGGGCCUUUCCAGCCCGUGGCCCUUCUCCAUAUUCGAGAUGUUCCUCCUGCUGAUCAAGAGAAGCUUUUUAUCCAGAAGUUACGUCAGUGUUGUGUCCUCUUUGACUUUGUUUCUGAUCCACUAAGUGACCUAAAGUGGAAGGAAGUAAAACGAGCUGCUCUAAGUGAAAUGGUAGAAUAUAUCACCCAUAACCGGAAUGUGAUCACAGAGCCUAUUUACCCAGAAGUAGUCCAUAUGUUUGCAGUUAAUAUGUUUCGAACAUUACCACCUUCCUCCAAUCCUACGGGAGCAGAAUUUGACCCAGAGGAAGACGAGCCAACGUUAGAAGCAGCCUGGCCUCAUCUACAGCUUGUUUAUGAAUUUUUCUUAAGGUUUUUAGAGUCUCCAGAUUUCCAACCUAAUAUAGCGAAGAAAUAUAUUGAUCAGAAGUUUGUAUUGCAGCUUUUAGAGCUCUUUGACAGUGAAGAUCCUCGGGAGAGAGAUUUCCUUAAAACUACCCUCCACAGAAUCUAUGGAAAAUUCCUAGGCUUAAGAGCGUACAUCAGAAAACAGAUAAAUAAUAUAUUUUAUAGGUUUAUUUAUGAAACAGAGCAUCACAAUGGCAUAGCAGAAUUACUGGAAAUAUUGGGAAGUAUAAUUAAUGGAUUCGCCUUACCACUGAAAGAAGAGCACAAGAUUUUCUUACUGAAGGUAUUACUCCCUUUGCACAAAGUGAAGUCUCUGAGCGUCUACCAUCCACAGCUGGCAUACUGUGUCGUGCAGUUUUUAGAAAAGGACAGCACCCUCACUGAACCAGUGGUGAUGGCACUUCUCAAAUACUGGCCAAAGACUCACAGCCCAAAAGAAGUAAUGUUCUUAAAUGAACUAGAAGAAAUUCUAGAUGUAAUUGAACCGUCAGAAUUCGUGAAGAUCAUGGAGCCCCUCUUCCGGCAGUUGGCCAAGUGUGUCUCCAGCCCCCACUUCCAGGUGGCAGAGCGGGCCCUGUAUUACUGGAAUAAUGAGUACAUCAUGAGUCUGAUCAGCGACAAUGCAGCCAAGAUUCUGCCCAUCAUGUUUCCAUCCUUGUACCGCAACUCCAAGACCCACUGGAACAAUAUUUCUGCUCUGUCUGUCCCACGUGGCUGUGAGCCCCAUGAGGACGAAGCCCUGUGCCGUGCCCCCUUCUCCCCAUCUGCCUGCAUCGAGCAGGCAGCCACCUCACCUGGCAGAGAAGUACGCAAAAAACACUGCAGUUACGGGAAGGCCACAGUCAAGGUGUCCUCGGCACCAGGGACCUCAGCCCAGCAAAGGGCUUCACCCUUCAAGUACGCGGUGUGUAGUCCAGCGAGCGCCGUGAGCGUUCCACUUUCAGUGGAGAAGGGGCCUUUGUUUGAAGAUGUGCAGAUGCUGAGAAAGACAGUGAAUGAAGAGGCCCGCCAGGCGCACAAGGACGGGAAGAAGGAGCGGCCCCCCGCGCGCCGCCGGGCGGAGCCGCCGCAGGACCCCCACACCAGGAGCGCCUUGGAGGCCCGCUGCCGGGCCGACGAGCUGGGCCCCCAGGACGGGCGCUAGCCCCCCGCGGGCCGGCCGCCGGCCCCUCCCUGGACUCUGUAGGAAAUACAUACUUUCGUGCCAUACCGAUCAGUUACACUCAAGUCAAAGCUCUCUUGUACCCCGUCUGUAGGCGAUAACGCCCCCGGCCUCCGCUCGAGACCCGGAGUUCAAACAAUGGUGACUUCGCAGACCCCGCCGCCGCCCGGACCAGCCGAGGAACCGCCCGGGCACCGUCCUCGCGUUCUCCCCAGGUGGACCCAAGCUCAUUUAAAUUUGAAACAGGUGGUUCUCUGAGAAUAUCAAUGUUUUUCAAGUCAAAGGAACACCUUAACCAAGUAUUACCUAUUUUUUAAGACUUUACAACCUUUGGAAUUGUUUCCAUGUGAUCGUUCUGCCAGCAGUUUCUGGGGGGGGGGGGUGUUUGUUUUUUAGUUUAUCUCAUUGAAAUGGUUCUUUGCCGCCAUUGUUCUAACACAGCUUUCUGGGAAUAGUGACACGACAAUCCUCAGCCACCGUUUCUCCCCCAAGGUGUCUCUUUUCUUUGACUAAUGACAUGGCCCCAUGUCGCUUCCCUCGUGUGUAGCUAAAGCCAUAUUUCCCAGUCUGUGGUCCAGCCCCAGGGUUCCAGGAGAAAGCUCACAGGAGAAAUUUAUUUUGAAAAGAGCUUCCUCCGUCUGCCUUGACUGGAAUUGGAAUUUUAAAGUGAUGUACGUGUUAAUUUUUUUGUUUGCCGACUUUUUUUCCCUCUCCUUUCACAUUGUUGCCCUUUAACAAGGCUCUUGUGUUAAUAAAAUCAUAGUCUCCAAGAAUUCCACAUUUUGUAGAAAGUUAGAACGAGAUCAGUCUGAGAUAGGCCAGUUCGCGGCCGAUGCAAUCAAUGCCGUUAGGCAUCGGUAACAGAACAGCCCUGCGUGCGCGCCGGCCGGGCCCCUGGCCCAGAGCUGUGACGUGGUUCUGAGAGCCUAGAGGAAACAACAGUGGGGGUGACCUCAAAUGAAUACGUUUCUGGUGAAAAGAGCGCACGUUACAAGCACGUCUUCAGGAAAGUACGGUGUCUGGGUUUUUGCCGGCCUUCGAAUGCUGCUAUGUGUUUCGGACUUCUUGCGCGUACUGAGCUCUUUGUUUUCGAUGGAACAGCACGAGGGGGGAAGUCCUUAAACUUAGUGCUUUCUCUGGUCUUCAUUUCUCUCAGGGUGGCCAGUAUUUUGACUGAUCUGUCCUGCUGAGAGCUAUCUGAGAUGUGCACAGCUAUUCUAGACAAGCGAUUCUAGUUUCUCUUGUCUCGGGCAUAAGAUUAGAUAACUUGAUGUUAAAUGUCUUGAUGCAUAAAAGUUACAACAUGGCUUCUUUUAGGAUCUGAUUUUCAGUCGAGGUCUUGGGCAUCCAUCCGUCAGAACGCUGUGAAAAGCAGACGUCACUCCGAUGGGGCUGGGCACCUGCUGCCCGCGGGCUUCACGGAGACCCGCUGACAGUGUGUGUGCUUCCUGCGUCCUGGUGGGGAGGGGGUUUCUUGGGCUAAGAGCAAGUUCUAAAUUGAAAGGCUGCCCCCACGGAAAGUGGAAAAGCCUAUUUUGCGCGAAGAAACGCUUCCUGAGAAACUUGACAAGUAUCUAUCCAUUUUACCAUUAUGAAAUUUAUAAUUUAAACAAGUUUAGAUGCCUUCUUCUGAGGGAAAAAGGGUGCUUUUUAUUGUAUAAAGCAGCGUCUUACGUAUUUUGAUAUACCAUUGUUUGAACUUCCAUCUUUAGCUGAUAGAUUCUCAAAUAUCCUUGAUUUUUUGGAUGUUCAGUAUGUUUGUGAGAGAUUUCUGGGAAGGCUCUCUUUUGCCCUAGGGAAAAAGCAAAAUACCAGUGUUCGGGUGAUUGUGUAAAGUUCAACGUAUAAGAACAUCUUUUUUGUCUAGUUUUUAUUUCUGCUCUUUAUUGAAGACAAACAUUCACCAAAAAGGGGGAAAAAAAACUUUUGAGAGAAACUAAUUUUCUUUGACAUGAGUAUUAUUUAAUAUUUUGGCCUAUUAAAGUUUUCCUAGUUAGUACUCAGAUUCCCUGUGCUAAUCAUUCACUUAUAUAUUAUUAUAUAGAUACACUGCUUAUUCUGUACCAAACCUAUUUCAAAAGUACUACAUUAAAAAUAAACUGGUGACUGUUUUUCUUCAUAAAGUUCUGAGUUUGGCAUCUUCACUCUUUCCAAAACGUAACUGUGCAUCAGAAAUGUCACUAUUCUGAGUGUCUUUUUAGUGUGGCUUUAGUAUGGCUUCCUUUUAAUAUUGUACAUACAUUGUAUCUUUGUUUUAUGGUAAUAAGUAAUAAAAAUGUAGACUUCAUAUUUUGUACAAAAUGUCCUAUGUACAGAAUAAAAAAAGUUCAUAGAAACA